AUGGAUCUCUUCACCCUUAAUACACAAAGAUUUUCCAAAGAGAAAGAGUACCUCUUCAAGUUGAGUGGCGUCUUUAGCAGCCUAUCAGCUUUGGUAUUUGAAAUAGUCAUUGCCAGCAACCAAUUUUGGCGCCUAUGGGACUUUGAAGACAAUGUUGUGCAGUUUGUGUCAUUUGGACUUUGGGAAGCUUAUUAUCCUCAAGUAUUUAACAUCUCAGGAACUCUAAUCAAGAUGUUGGUUCACAACCCUAUUGAUUCAACUUGGACCAUUUCAUGUGAAUUUCAGUAUGCACAGAAGCUGAUAGUAUGGUCUAUUUUUAUGAAGCUUGUAGUUCUGGUUUUCAGUGUGAUAGCUUUCAAGAUUAGCUGCAUGAAAGACCCAUUUCUGAAGAUGCAGAUAUAUUGCUUCAAGUUCUCUGCCAUAGUUUUGGGUGUUAGCAGCUUCUUUACAUUUGUUGCUGUGAGCUGGAACCAUAUAGUAGAUCUUUAUGGCCAAACCACUCUUGACUUUCCACCUGACUUUCCUGUCAAAAAAGAAGCCUUGAGAAGCAAACAUGUUACUGCUGUGUUCCCAGUAGGUGUCCUGACUACAACCAUGUCACUUUUUGGUGUGAUCAUGUUUCUCUCUGAGAUAAGCUAUUUGAAACUACAGAGUCAAGUGAAAGCCAAGUGUGUUUCCAAAGUGGCCCUUCAAGAGGCCUGA